AUGGUAUCGGGCAGAGACAGUCUCGGGGACACAAUCGCACGUUCUCUACCAGCAGUAUCGCGCUUGAUUGUUGGUUCUGAGCACACAAACCGCGAUUUGGCGCUAUUUGCGAAAGAUAUUUUGCGAGAAAAGCAAGAAGAAGGGGAGUGGGAAGUUGGAGACCAAAGCUUAAUCAAUGAAAUUCUAGACGUAAUAAGUAUUGGUGGUGAAGGGAUGUUUCUAUGGGCUUUCCUCACUAUUGAGGAUAUAUGCACACGUCGUAAUGACGACGAAGUACGGGAAGCUCUUCUCGAUAUUCCGAGAAACCUUCCGGAGACGUUUGAUCGAGCUCUCAGACGGAUUGAUCAGAAGGGAAAUACCGAGAUUGCACAGUCAGUCUUUAAAUGGACUGCAGCCGUCAACUCACCACUGACACUGAGUCAAUUUGCGGAGGUUCUGAAGAUCAAAAUAAACCAGAGAAGCUCACAGGAAAGCCAGCGAAUUAAUGGUAUCAACCGUCUACCGGCAUGGUGUGAGAAUCUCGUACAGGUAGAAGAAGGUAGCGAAACCGUCCAUUUCAGCCAUCAUUCGAUCUCGGCAUAUCUACUGGGUUCUACGGAAAAGCCAAAUCAUUUAUUCAACUUGGAUCUACGAGAUUGCGACGGCUUUGUUGGCGAGAUCUGCCUGACCUACCUUAAUUUCAGCGACUUCCAGAGGGCAUUGGCCGGGAGACCUCACGACAACCUCACUCCAACAACCCCCAACAAUGUUCCUCAUAAAGUGGUUGACCGCACUGUUGAAUCGCUCAUGGCGAAGAAAUAUGGAAAGGGCAUAGCAAGGUUAAUCAAGAUGCAAUUUAAGGAGUCCCAACCCCUAUCACUUGGGAGGAGCGCCAUGCCAGACAUGUCAUCGGCUGACGGACUGUCGGACACGAACAUGACGCGCGACUACCCGUUUUUGCGGUACGCCAAAGAAAACUGGCCUUGGCAUACACGAAAUAUUUCCACGUCGUCGAGAACGUGGAGGUUGUGGAACAACAUAGAUGCCUCGGCCGACUACGCACCUUGGACCAAUUUGGACUGGAACCCUCCAGGAAUCCCGAGACGCGACUUCAGCUCCUUACUGUCUGGCGCGACUGAAAUUCUUGUCCGACCUCCUUAUGAAUGCGACAUUCGGCUUCGAUUUGCAUUGCAUAGGGCAUUCGCCUACGCCGACCUGCUGGACCAUCAUCCUCUGGUAGACAAGGUGAUCUCGACAUUAGUAGACAAUGGUCUUAAUCUGAAAACGGUGCUUCUGGAAAUGCUGUUACAAUCGGUGUUGGCCCAAGACCUCCCGUUAGGAAGUAAGGAGCGCUAUCAAGAAGAACAACGUGCUCACCAUCGCCUAGUUUGCAGUGUCACUGGGUUCAUAGCGCGAGGUGGCAAGACGUGGCCAUCUAGUUAUGUGCACCAGGACGAAAAUAUCGGGUUCCCGAAAUCUUGCGAUACGUGGCGACAUAAAGGUAUCUAUCAAGAUGUUUGCGCAAUUGUUAGGGGGCACCCUUCCGGAGUUGACAUCCCCAGGGAGAUGCAACUUUACGCAAAGCUUUCGACAAUGGACCUCCACGAAGAAGCAAUUAUCGAGUUUCAAAAAGACGUCCGAGAACACUUCAAAGACCGCCCUCGGCUAUCAAUCAUACCCACCGGAGAUUUCCAUGCUCGCGGUUUCGUUGACAUUGCAAUCCAGCGAGGUGGACCUGGGUCUGCCAAGCUUGUCCGCUGGCUACUGAACGAGGCUGGAGACUUGUCCGACUUAUCCCCCCAAGAGGUUUUGAGCUUUUUGAAUACCGCACUUAUAGCACGAAACGAAGACGCAUUGGAAGCGUUAUUGGAUGAAAAUAAGCUCGCCAAGUCUCAUAGUUUCCAGUCGAUACAGGAAACAACGGUAUUACAUGCAUUAAGGGACAUGUGGCUGCCAAGAGAACUUAGAAAACGUUUCAUCACGUUUUGCAUUCCCUUACAAAGAUAUGCUGAUGACCACGUCGCAGGUUGCGCAGGGCGUUCAUUAUUAAAAGCCGUUCUGUGCGACGCGUGGGAUUUCGCUGUGGCACUGCGAAGAUGUGGAGGUAGUCUGGCUGAUGGAGAAAUCACCAAGCACAAAAAACUUUUGCCCAACACUGAAGCAACUUGCAGGUUGUUUGACGCAGUGCUAGACUGUGCUGCGAGUCAAUCAGCAGAAGUAUGGCACUGCGAUUUACGACAGUCUCCGGAAGUAGCAACGCAAUGGUUGGCGUAUUGUCCAGCACAUAGGACACAGGCUUCGCAAGUUCUGCAAAGUUACAAGCUGUUGGAUCACGAUCCAAUGCAAAAUGACCCGGAAAGGUUGCUUGAUGCUCUCCGACGUACUUACUUUACAACUCGUCAUGUUAAGCCAUGCAGGGGUUUCGUAAUAGGGGACGAUAGUAACAGAAAAUGA